AUGUCAUCCGAAGGAUUCCUGCUAGCUUAUCAAAGGUUCACUUCACUGAGAGGACACCCCAGGAAACUCUGGUCAGACCCUGGCACUAACUUUGUGGGAGCCAGACCUGCACUGGAGAAGCUUUACAAAUUCCUUAACCGAAUAAAUAAGUCUGAACUUGAAGACACAGCUGGCAAGCAUGGUACAGAAUGGUCGUGGAAGAUUCACCCUGCAGACUCUCCCCAUAGGAAUGGUGCAGCAGAGGCAGCUGUCAAAGUAGUGAAGCGGGCGUUAAGCAACCUUGGUGGAGAUGGUGUUUUCACAUGGGGAGAGUUUCAAACUUUUCUUUUCAUGGCAGCCAACCUUGCAAAUGAAAGACCCAUCGACGCAAGAACUCAAAGCAGAGAAGACUGUGUAGAGUAUAUCACCCCAAACUCUCUGCUUUUAGGACGCGCCAACCCAAAGGGAGACCCUGGAGAUUUCCAGUUUGAUGGCUACCCUUACAAAAGGCUUAAAUAUAUUCAAAUAGAAUUAAGCAACUUCUGGAAGAAGUGGAGCCAAUUGGCUGGACCUAAUCUGUUUAUAAGGAACAAAUGGCACACCAAAGAACGAAAUGUUGCUGUUGGAGAUGUGGUCUGGUUGGCUGACCAAAACGCCCUGAGAGGACAGUACAAGCUGGCUAGAGUGGUUAGUGUGAAUGCUGACAGCAAAGGCAUCGUAAGAGAUGUGCUUGUGAAGACUUGUCCUAGCUAUCCUGUUCACAUCACAAAGGAAAAAGGCAAAGAAGGGCCCACAAGAGCUAAUAGUGGAACUAAGAGACUCCAAACCAACAUCCCAGCCACAAUUCUUCAUAGAGAUGUCAGACGCCUUGUCAUUCUACUUCCCACUGAAGAACAAGCAGAGGUGUGAAGGGCUUGUGACCUCUCUGGUUUUGAAAAAACAGGAGUUCAAGUGGGAGGUGUUGAGCUGAAUCUCAGGAAUAAGAUUCAAAGAACUACAUUUCCCAGAGUGCACCAGCAGCAGAAAUCCAGCUGUUUGUCAUUGUCACUGAUUUGGAGCACCUGUUAAAGACAUGGAGUUCCUCAGUCAUGGAGGCAAACAAACUUCAGAGAGAAGAAGCUCCAAGUUCAUUCGUAGGUUCAGUCCAAAGACGCCAAUGGUUUACAACCUAAUUCACUGAGCUAAUUCACUGAGCAGAUCAAUCAACUGACAAAGCCAAAAGAAAAUAAAAGUGAUCGAGUCAGA